ACCACAGAUGCUCGAGAGCUUGGGCCAGGUGGCUCAACGACGAGCACUGCCACGCCGUCGUCAUCGCCGGAGAAAUACUUGCUAUGUCAUAGACGAGGGACAGCGUCCGUCGAGCAUUCACUCCGUUCGACACGCGGCCGACCACAGUACCAUGGACAGCCGGUAACAUCCUUCUCUGACCUUUGACACAGCGCCGCCUGCCCCUCCCCACCAUCGCCAUGGCUUCAAGCGCAAGUUCCGUCUCCUCGGAGCGGCUGGAUGCAAACAUUCCUGGGGCGUUUCCUCAUAGCAAUGCCAGCCAGACCCAGAUCUCCACGACUCAUCAAAACCUCACGCAAGCUCUGUACGCGCGCAGGGCCGAGUACACACGACCACGCCAAGUGCGCAUCAAAGUGGGGUCCUGGAAUACGGCGGGCCUGAAGGGCGUGGAGCAGGACAUUGGUGCCUGGUUCGUGGACGGAAAAGGCAUCGAGGAAUCGCUAGCUGGUCUCGGUGUCAGAGAAUCCGAUGCUUCGGCCAAAGAAAGCAUAUCGGCACAAGAAGCACGACAAACAUCGCUUGCGCCUACCGUGCCUAAGAAUGACACAGCCGCUGUCGCCAGCAACGAAGAAGUCGGACUCUACGUGUUGGGUCUGCAGGAAGUGGUAGACAUAUCGUCUGCUACUGAAGCAUUGCGGCCGUACACAGAUCCCAGUGUCGCCAACAAAUGGAAAGCGAGCGUUGCUACGGCCUUGCCUAAUGGCUAUCAGCUUGUUGCAGAACAGCAACUGAUCGGCUUGCUGCUUCUCAUCUAUGCCUCCCCCGAGGUCCACCCCCAUGUCAAGUCAGUCAGCACCACCAGUGUUGGCACAGGCCUCAUGGGAUACAUGGGAAACAAAGGCGCCGUGACGGCUAGGAUUGUCCUAGGCGAGACCACCAGACUCGUUUUCGUGAACUCACAUCUCGCUGCAGGUGCUGACAAAACUUCACUGGAGCGCAGGAAUUGGGAUGCGGGCCAGAUCACGAGUCGCACACGCUUCGACCCCAUCACCGACGCCAUGGACUUGAAUCAGGGUCAGGGAGAGGGUAUAGGCGACGAGGACUUUGCAUUCUGGUUUGGAGAUCUUAACUAUCGCUUGGAAGGGAUUCCAGGAGAUGAUGUGCGACGACUGCUCACUGUACACACCCUGGCUCACGACCACGAGGAUGCAAAGGACAAUACUUCCAUCUCUGGAGACUCUGGUUAUGCCUCGAAACGAGAUUCCGAAGAUGCUGUUCCUGUUCCACCUGAACUAGACCCUGCAAGCCUCCAUACUACCAUCAACUCCCUCCUGCCCCACGACGAACUCCGACAGCAGCAAAAGGCCGGCAAAGCGUUCCAUGAUGGCUGGGAAGAAGGUCCGAUUCGAUUCCUUCCAACGUACAAGUACGAUGUGGGUAAAGUCGGGGUUUUCGAUUCUAGCGAGAAACGACGUGGGCCCAGUUGGUGCGACCGCAUCCUGUAUCGCACCAGGGCUUCAAGAAACCAGUACAAUCUCAAAGCGAAAGAACGAGAGGAAGCUCAAAAGAAGGAUGAAGAAAUGAAAGCGCAAGGGCUUGAUCAAGAUGACGACGUCUUGUACGACUAUGACCCCGAUACCGAUGGUGAUAAGAACGACAGCUACGAUGAAUACGACGAAUCGCAGGAUCCAGAGCCCGAGAUCGUCCCGACUAAGGCAGGCUUCUCGGACGAGUUCCUCUUGGAGUCCUAUACAUCGCAUUUGCGAGUCAUAUCGUCGGAUCAUAAACCUCUAGAAGCUGUGUUCUCAUUAAAGUACGACGCAGUAAUGCCAGAGCUGAAGACCGCAAUACACCAGGAAGUUGCCCGCGAACUUGACCGUCAAGAGAACGAAGGCCGCCCGUCCGUUGCUCUGGUAGUCGAUCACUCUACGCAUACUUUUGAAGACAAAGAUACAGCUGACAGCAACUUUGAUGGAGUCGACUUUGGCGAUGUUUCAUAUGGCAAGUCAAGACGUCGGAACAUCACCAUCGCAAACACCGGCAGAGUGCCAGCUACGUUCGGUUUUGCCAUGCGUCCAGUCGACCAGAACCAGCCAGAAGGGGCAUUCCCGCCCUGGCUCAAGGUUCGAUUUGAGCGGGAACCUGACACGGCCUCGAAAUCAGCUUCAGAUGAGAUGGAUGCGCAAUAUACAUUGCAACCUGCAGAUGUGUGUAAUGCCGAGUUGAAGCUGAAAGUAGACAGCCCAGACAUGGUUCGGCUACUGAACGAAGGCACAUCGUCUUUAGACGAUGUCCUUGUUCUACGAGUUGAAAAUGGCCGUGACCACUUCCUUCCUCUACGGGCGCAUUGGCAGCCAUCAUCCCUCACGCGCGCGGUCGAUAAACUCAUCAAGAUCCCCGAGGGUGGCAUCCGCAAGCUGCAGGGCCAGAAGCCGGAUGGAGAAGUGAGAUGGUCGGUGCCCCGGGAGAUAUUUCGGCUGACGGAUUCACUAGAAGACAUGACGGAGCGCGCACUUGCCGAGUGGGACAUGACCGGUCAUGAAGGGAACAAGGAGAACGCUCCAUGGCAGCACAACGCUGCAUGGCCGUUUGUCAGCCAGGUCAAGGACUCAGAGGACGAUGAAGUCAUGGGAGGUAUCAUUGAAUCGCUUGACUGUGACGAAUCUUUCGAUCUAGCUUUUCCGGGUGGCAUGCCGCCGAGGGAGAAAACGGAGUAUGUUGCGGAAGCACUCCUCCUCUUCCUACGGACCUUGCAAGAUGGCGUGAUAACCAAGAGCCUCUGGGAGAAACUCGAAGAAGGCAUCGCCACACGCGAAAAGUCCAAACAGCAGCUUGACCGCGACGACGAGAAGAUGUGGGUACUCGAGAUCCUCGCCACCGCCCCAAACCACAACGCCACGUUCCUCCUGCUCAUCUCCAUGCUGCAAAACAUCACGCACCAGAUCGCGGAAGCGGGGAAGGCAAAACCGUCGACGCCGCGUGCGAGCACGGAGCUGCCUGCGUCGCCCAGAGCGCCGGUCAGAAGAAGGACGUUGAGUAAGGUCCCCAACAUAGCGCUGAGGCAGUUGAUACAACGGAAUUAUGCAACCGUGUUCGCGGAUGUGGUGUUUAGGGGGGUGAGUGCUGAAAAGAUGAGGGAGAAGGAGAAGGCAGUGCGGAAGGAGAAGAUGGCGAGGGUCGUUGAGCUGUUUCUCAAGAAUGAGGAUGAUGGGACGGGCUGAGAACAGAUUUGGUGAUAUCCCGAAUAUAUAGAAUACAAGUGGCUUCAUAUAGCGAUGCGCCUCCACAAAUCUGGUGCAUUUGAACGUUUU